AUGGCGGAGUUGCCGCUGGCGGCGGGGCUGAUGGGCCUUCGCAACUGCAAGCUCUCCCCGAAGCCGCCGCCGCCGGCGGCUCUGCCACUCCCCGCGCGCCGCGGCACGCACGCAACCGCCACGGCUACGACGGCCCCGUCCCGGCGCCGUGCGGUCCCCGAACUCCACUCCACUACCGAGCUGGCGGACGGGAGCAUCGUCUUCCGCUUCGGACAUCCUAAGUCCGAGUCCGAGGUGCUGGAGCCGGAGCCGGCGAGCCGAGAUUUAGGAGUGACCGCAGAGACCGGCCCUGACUCUAGAGUCGCCCAUGCCUCGGGCGCUGUGCCCGGCAGUCAGACGGAGCCAGAGCCUGACUCUGAACAUGGAGUAGACGGCGCGCGAGUGGGCGCCACGGCUGGAGUUGAGGCGCCGAGCCCGAAUGCCGCAGCCGAGGCCUGGCCGACACCUCUACCUCCUGACGCGGGCUCGGAAACCGGUGCCACUUCCGCCGCGCUCGAGGAGGCACCGGAGCAGGAGGCGGGUUCCAAUGCUGCCGUUGAUGUGAGUGGUGGCUUGUAUGAGGCGACGGGGACGGCCGGUUUGGAGGACUCCGAGGCCGCGUCGGAAGGCUCCACCGCGCAGGAUUUCGACACCUACGUUGAGACGGAGUCCAGCAGCGACGAGCAGAGAGCCGAGUUCGGCGUCUCCUUACCACCACCGGAACAAGUUAGCAACAAGGCGGAUUGGAAAAAUGACACUUCAGAGGCCAAGAGUUCUGAUAGGAUGAUUCCAGUAGCUCACUCGGCACAUGUGUUAUCAUCAGGUGCUGCAAUAUUGCCUCAUCCUUCAAAGGUAGCAACAGGUGGAGAAGAUGCAUCUUUCAUUGCAGCCAAUGGCUGGUUUGGUGUAGCAGAUGGAGUUGGCCAGUGGUCACUUGAAGGAAUCAACGCAGGGCUUUAUGCAAGAGAACUAAUGGAUGGUUGUAAAAAGUUUAUUACUGAGAAUCAAGGGGCUCCAGAUCUUAGGCCGGAGCAAAUUCUUUCCAAAGCAGCAGAUGAAGCAUGUUCACCUGGUUCUUCCACUGUAUUAGUUGCUCACUUUGAUGGCCAGGUCCUUCAAGCAUCAAAUAUUGGGGACUCUGGGUUUCUGGUGAUAAGAAAUGGAGAAGUGUUCAAAAAGUCUAAACCUAUGGUUUAUGGUUUCAAUUUCCCACUACAAAUUGAGAAGGGAGAUGACCCCUUAAAGCUUGUACAGAAUUAUACUAUUGAUCUAAAGGAAGGUGAUGCAAUUGUGACGGCAACCGAUGGCCUUUUUGAUAAUGUAUACGAGCAUGAAAUAGCUGGAAUUAUCUCCAAGUCGUUACAGGCAGAUCUAAAACCAGCGGAGAUUGCAGAACACUUGGCUGCGAAGGCCCAGGAAGUAGGGAGGUCUGGAGCUGGGAGAAGCCCAUUUUCAGAUGCUGCUCUGUCGUUUGGGUACCUUGGCUUCAGUGGGGGCAAACUUGAUGACAUAGCCGUUGUUGUAUCAAUUGUCCGGACAUAUGAAAUUUAA